AUGGUGUGGUGUGACCGUGGCGUCCAGAUGCUGCUGACCACGGUGGGCGCCUUCGCCGCCUUCAGCCUCAUGGCCAUCGCCAUCGGCACCGACUACUGGCUCUACUCCAGCGCCCACAUCUGCAACGGCACCAACAUCACGGCGGACGAGGCGCAGGGGCCGCCGCGGCGGGCGCGGGGCGACCUCACGCACUCGGGGCUCUGGAGGAUCUGCUGCCUCGAAGGAAUCUACAAAGGACAUUGCUUCCGAAUCAACCACUUCCCUGAAGACAAUGACUAUGACCAUGACAGCUCAGAAUACCUUCUCCGCAUUGUCCGUGCCUCCAGCGUGUUCCCCAUCCUAAGCACAAUAUUGCUGUUGCUGGGAGGACUCUGUGUUGGAGCAGGAAGGAUUUACAACAGCAAAAACAACAUUAUUCUCAGCGCUGGGAUUCUCUUUGUUGCAGCAGGCCUAAGUAAUAUCAUAGGGAUCAUUGUCUACAUAUCAAGCAAUGCAGGUGACCCAAGUGACAAGCGAGAUGAGGACAAAAAGAACCAUUACAACUACGGUUGGUCUUUUUAUUUUGGAGCCUUGUCUUUUAUUGUGGCCGAAACCAUAGGUGUUCUGGCUGUGAACAUUUAUAUUGAGAAGAACAAAGAGCUGAGGUUUAAGACCAAGAGGGAAUUCCUUAAGACUUCUUCCAGUUCUCCUUAUGCCAGGAUGCCAAGUUAUAGGUACCGGAGGCGGAGGUCCAGAUCCAGUUCUCGAUCUACAGAGCCUUCUCCAUCUAGAGACAUUUCUCCAGUUGGCAUGAAGAUAGCAAGCACCAUUCCCAUGAACGAAAUUUCCAUGUACACUCUUUCCAGAGAGCCUUUGAAGGUUACAACAGCUGCCAGCUACAACGCAGACCAAGAAGCAAGUUUUCUGCAGGUUCACAACUUCCUUCAGAAGGAAUUUAAGGAAGGACUCCAUGUCAACAUGGUCAACAGGAGAACGACACCUGUUUGA